ACAGAUGUAACCGAAACACACCAAGAAUCCUAGAAAAUGUCACAGGCAGCGUCUACCACGCAGAGUGCAGCUGCUGCACCGGUGGGUGGCGGCAGUCGACGGCUGCCCAGCGAUGGCGUGGGCGGCGUUGGCGUCAUGGGGAAUACCAUGUCAGCGAGAUUCGGUGAGACCGAAUGGGAGGCCCGAGAGUCGCAACGCCAACGCGAACUGCAUGAGGCGCGUGCCAGGGCGGCGCAGAUGGAGAAGACCAUGAAGUGGUGGUCUGAUUGCACUGCCAACUGGCGCGAGAAAUGGAGUAAGGUACGCAACGAGCGGAACAAGGCCCGGGAAGAAUCCAAACAGUUAAGCGUUAAACUGGACGUCGCAAUGAAGGAGGCACAUUCACUGAAGCGCGAGAAGAAUGAUCUUGAGGUGCAGAUCACACAGCUGAAGAAGGAAAUGGAGAAGGUGCACACGCUGAUGAUGAAGCAUGCGGGCCAGUUCCAUCGGGCCGACACCAACGAGGAUGCCGAAGCCAACGGACGCGACGCCAACUGCUCGCCGGACAUUUCUUCGGAUGGCCUGAAGAAUAUCAAUAGCGAGGAUGGUUUGGUCACCAAACUAACCAACGAUGUGAAAGAUCUGGACAUUGAGGAGUUUGCCAUGAAGGGAGCCAUGCCAAAGCAUUUGACAGAUCUUGAUGAGGCCGCGGCUGCCGAAGAGAAGCGUCUGAUACAACAGUUGUCCAAGGAUGACUUUGACGAAGAUUACUUGCUGCAAAAAAUAUCCAUGCUGCAGUUGCGACUCGAUGAAGCGCAGAAAACUCUACAGGCCGAAAGGGAUGAAAAGCACGAACUUCACAAGAGCAUUGAGAAGCUGACACUGGAGAUACAGGAUGUGCGCGGACGUCACGAGGAGAUGCGUUCAGCCAAGCAGGAAGCGGUUCGCGAGCUCUUGACCCUGCAGGAGCAGCAUCGGGCAGAGAUGCGCAUCGUGAACAACUCGCUGCAGGAAGAGAUUGCCGCACGUGAGAACCUAGAGCGCCGUCUCACAGAGCUGCGAACUGAACUGGAGCAUCUGCAGGCAGAAAACGCCUCGGAAUGGGGCAAGCGGGAGCGCCUGGAGUCUGAAAAGUUGGCCUUGGAGCGCGACAACAAAAAGCUGCGCGCCGAGCUGCGUGACUAUCAGGAGCGUUCGGAUCGCAAGUGUCGCCCAAUGCAGGCCAACGAUGUGGAGCUUCGCGCGCUGCAGCAGGAGCUCUCGGAGCGCAACAAGGAGAUCAGCGAGGUGAAAAUGUCACAUGCCAAGCUGAAGAAACUGUUGGCUGAGACCAACACGGAGCUGAGCCACGCAGUGCGCCGGGCAGAGCAAUACGAGGCAGAGGUCAAACGCCUACGGCAGCGGGUGGAGGAGCUAAAAAGGGAAUUAGCGGGCGCCGAAGACGAGCUGGAUUCGGCGGUGAAUCAGGUGCGGCGUCUGCAGCGCUCCAACGAUGAACUAGUGGGCCAAACUGAGGGCUUUCAGGUGCAAAUCCAACAUCUACAGAACAGACUCCGUAGCUAUGGUUCGACAAGCUUACUGCUGGACGAUGAGACCGAAGGAAAUAGCGAUUGAAGACAAAUUCGAUUGAAGGCUAUGGUAUUAAAUGCUAGUAUUAAUUUCACCCCAAAAUGCGUAAGUACUUUAAAGUUGGUGGAGCAUAGGUCUCAAGGUACAAUCCAUGAUCCUAGGCUAUGUUUGAGGACCACCAUCAACUUGUUCCUUAGUUGAAUCAAUUCAUAAGUUUAUGUGAACAAGAGGGAACCACUCUUUUGGCACACGAAUCCCCAUAGAUCAGCAGUAAACUAUGUCAUUUAAUAAGCUUUUAUCUUCACAAAUAUUCCAUUUAUACUAAGCAUUACUAUCAGACAUUUUAGCUGGCCAUAUCUCUUUUCUCUAUGAGCUUAACUCGCAGAUAAUACAGUUGUUAGGAUCCCUUACAUCUCAAUCGCCAUUGGAAUCCCUUGCCUUCUUGAACAACACAGACUAAACCACAUUAACAGACUUACUACCAGAUUUAUAUACGUAUUGACUCAUAAUACAGGUUCGAUUUUUGAGUGCCAGAAAUCCCAUAGGAAUUUUACAAAAUUUAAUCGGAACAGAGUCCAGUAUGCUGCUGGCUGUGAAUCGGAAAUAAUUUAAUAUAUAUCAAAAUCUCGAGAUCUGUGCGUUUGUCUAGUCCCAUAUCCUUUUCGCUUACUUUUCCAAACGAUUACACUUUGAUUCGCAGCAGCGGCAUAUUGAAUCUUAUCUAGAAUAUAUAGUAUAUACAUAUUUGAAAGAAGAAUAUUAUACGUAUUAUAAUUUAGCAAUAUUAGUAUUCUAGUGUUUUAAAAAUACCAAUUUAUAAUUAACUAUUAAA